AUGGCAGUCAAGUAUGUUACCCAGCCAGCAUUCUUAGUGCAGCUCCGCAAUGCCGUCUACAAUCACUUCAUCGACCUCGAUCCUACAGUCGGCGAGGCUACCGCACUAGUGCGUUCCAGUCAGCAGAUACACUCUGAGUUUGGAUCGCUAUGUCUGGCAUCCGGAAACGUCGCAAUCCCCGCGGAGCUUGUUGACAGCUUCCUACACGUCUUCUUCCCUCACCACUUCGACUCAGAACCGCGAGUCAUUCCUUUCACCAUCGAUCUGUCCUUCGACUGGUUGCAAUCGCAGAAUUGGUUGAUCGGCCUGCUGAAAGUGGUCGCGAUCAUGCAUCGAUACUCUCUACUCAAGAUUUCAUGGUUUAGAGAUAUUACCGCCGUUAUGUCCACUUUGGAAAGUAUGGACGCUCGAAAGGUCGAAAAGAUAAUAGCAAUCGAGUACAACAUAUGCGCGUUUCCCACCAACCGCCCGAAUUUCUUUCUCCCACGUCUAGGCGCUUUCGUUUGGAUCACAAUAAAGGAUGCCUCCCCAGGACUAUAUCCCUUUAGGCUGGGACUUAACCGCGAACAUGGAGUAGUUAAUGUACGUUUUGCUUGGGUUCAGAGUCCGGAUAGUGAAGAAGAGGCUUCAGAAAGCUCAAGUGGCGACGAGGAUGGCUCAGAUAGUGAAGAAGAGAGUUCAGAUGAUGGAGAUGAUGGCGAGGAUGGCGAUGAAGAUACUCCAGACAGCAGGGAAGGCUCGAUAAAAAAAGUCAUCGCUGAGAUGGAUAUUGCUUUACUGGAGCAACACAAACUCCUCGACCCAUCGAUGGACCCGCGCGCUAAACUAUUGUUCCUCUUAUAUCAAAUGUGCGGCGAUCCUAUGACACUCUUUCGAUCUGAUACAUUUCGAAGUCAAACAAGGAUUUCAUUCGAGCGCGUCGGCGACUUCCUAGAUCUCUUCUUCGUUCACGACAGCAGAGCUGCUUCUGAGGACAUUCAGUACACAUUCAAGGUGGGACUCGGCGACCCGGGUCAGAAGAAGGACAGUUACGAGCCCUACUGGUCACUUGAUCUGCUCCAAGUCGUUUCCAUCAUGCGCCAACACCCCUCAAUCGACAUCGUGUGGGAGAUGGGCACCAGCUACGGCCGUUACUCCGGACCAUUCCAAGACGAUGACGUCAACACCACCGUGUCUGACCUGAAGUCCAUGGAUGCCCAGGAAUUUCAGAAGUUAGCUGCCGUCAAGAUCGAUCUGUUCGUAACGGACGAGAUUUCCUCGUUGCACGAUCCGUCCUUCAAUGCCAUGCUUCUGAUCAAGGUCCAGAGUGGCGUUACUCAAGAAGAAGCUGAUGAGUUGGGAUUCCAUGCUGAAUGUGGAGGCAUCGAAGUGCAGAUAGAGUUGAGCCACGACUCAGAUAGUGACUCAGAUGAUCUGGACAGCGAAGAAGACACUUCAGAUGAGGAGUAG